GCUAAACGAACCGAGGCACCUAUUAAUCAAGGGACAAAGCAACAGCUGCCAUCUGUUGAGGAAAUAUUCCUAUAUUUAUAAAGCAUUCUUUUGAGCCCCACUUAGUGCCAGUUCUCUCAGAAUGCUGUUCGUGAUUGCAUUGCUCUGUUUUGGUGUUGUCCAAGCCACGGGCCUCCCAGUCCCAGCUCCAGUCUCAGUAACAGUGGAACCUCCAACCACCAAGCCGUCGGGAAGGGUUUCCUAUGCAAAUUAUAAGGUGUUUCGGGUGGGAAUCCACACUAAAAGUCACUUUGAAGUGAUCGAAUUUCUGCUGUCUGAUCCCGAGAUGUACAAUUUGUGGCGCAUAGGCAAAAACGAGGUGGACAUAAUGGUACAUCCAAGGGUGCUACAGGAAUUUAACAACACGGUAACUAAGGAGUCGUUCAAUGUGCAGCUGUUGGUGCCCGAUGUUCAAAAAAAUCCAGAUGUUCUGGUGAGAGCAUUAACCGCAUCGUGCAUUCAAAACGCUCUAAAGACGCCCUUUUGUGCUAAAUAUUAUGUAAAUAUUGAAUAUGAUUUGGGUAUUUUUCUUACGCAAUUAAUUAAGAGGGAAAUACCCCGACAAAAUUUAAGCGUUGAUUUUAUGAAACUAUUAAUCAAAAAGCUAUGGCGCUUCCAAGAGAGAUAACUUUGGUGAACAAUACAGCAUGAAAUUAAUAAUAUAAGUACUAGUAGAACUACUUCUCCUUAAUCUGUUAUUUUUUUUAUCAAAGAUUUAAAAACAGUUCAAGAUUCUUAAAAUAAUAAUAAGACUUGUAGAGCUUUUAUCGUCGCUUAGUCGGGACAACAACCCUCUCUGACACAAACUUUCAAGCUGGACAAAAGCUGAAGCGCCCACUCUGUGGGUUCCAGCUUUAGUGCAAAGCAAAUCGCGGCCCCGCUGGCCUGACUAAAAAUCAGUUGGCAGCGAGCUUUCAAGCGGGCAACAGGUGAACGGGCGCGCUCCGAAACGAAAGUGAAAGAAAAAACGCGAGACAAAAAACAAAAAAAAAA